AGAAGGAUUCGGGUAUAUAUAUCUAUAUAUGAUAUUUUAAUACCUUCAAAUACCCGGUUCUAAAAGUUUUUAAUUUCCCCACAAUUCCACCACACAUGCAUAAAUCAGAGAAAAUAUGAUUAAAAUGUUCAACAAAUGGUAUAUAACACCAAUUAAAAUUCACAAAAUGUAUAAAACCAAAGAUAACCUUUGCUGGAGAUACCGGAAGGAGGUGGGGACAUUUAUGCAAAGCUUUCUCUUUUCAGGGAACAUUAUAUACAUUGAAUUUCUUUUUAGGUUUCCGAGAAGUGUUCCGCAGAACACAUCUGGUAUAUGAAGAUCUCACAAUAAUCACAUGUGGUGCUGCUCUCUAAAACAUUCCCAAACUACAUCUGUGUCAGGGACUGGGCAGAGGAGGAGUGGUGGAGUCACCCCCCCCCCAAUCCUUCCAGGGAGGAGGAAGAGGAAGACAGUAUAGAUUUACAACAAGGGUUUGAGGGAGGUUGCAGCUCGGAGGCAAAUGAGGGGAAAGUUGGGAUAACAUGGGAGAGCCAGAGCAACACCUGGUUGACAUGUCAUUAGAAAGCAUUCCAGACCCACCACCACCCCGCUCCCAGAACCCAGUGAGCCUUUAAAGUAUGAGAGCAAAGAGCUUGGCAACCUUGCAACCUUGGCAUUAUCAGCCCUAGGGCUUUUUUUCAACCAGACCUCACUGGAACUGAGUUCCAGCACCUGCCAUUGUAAGAGAACAAGGGAAGCAUUCAUGGUAAGUUCGGGCACCUCUUUUUCUAGAAGAAUAGCACUGAUCAACACUAUGCUCUCACCAGUUGUACUGUUUCUUUCAGAUUUUACGGUCAAAUAUUAUUGAGUCCAGGUAGCUGGGGUGGGGAUUGCUUCCCAUCAGGAAGAUGCAGAGGGUGUCCAGCUGGUGUUCAAACCACUUCCCUUUCCAUUUUCCCCUUUGUGCCAUUCAGACUGUGCUUCACAGAGGCUGGAUCCUUCCUUUGCUUGUAUACUGAUGUCAUAUUUGAGGUGAGAGGAGCUGUGACCAUCACUUACCACUUUGAUUCAUGGUCUAAGCACCUGGCCGAACAGAACACAGAGGACUGGGUUGUCACUGGGCCUUUGAUCAACAUUGAAGCAGAUCCAGCAGAGGCUGUGGCAGCUGUUCACUUCCCUCACUUCUUGUGUCUUGCAGGCAAAAGUGAUUCCCAAGUCCACAUUGCACAUUUUGUGGAAGGGGGGAUGAGUCUGGAGAAGCCAGACAGAGUGGGGCCAUAUCAUGUUGUGUUGGAAAACCCAAACUUCUCUCCCCGUGGUGCCAUUUUGAGAACGUCAUGGUCAUGGUUUAAGCGGAAGAUAUUGGUCCACUCUGUGGCACUGCUCUAUCAAAUGCUUCGAUUCAAUUCACCAAAAUUCCAUCUGUACCUCCUUCCCAAUGACUCUUCCGUGAGAAAGGCGGUUCAUGAGCAUGAAGUACAGAGCCCUUCACGGAGAAUAGACAAACCCCCCUGGACCCUCAGGCCUCUGACGAUUGGCUCUCGCUUCUUUGUGGUCAAUGAUGUCAAUGAUGUCAGAGUCUGUCCCAAGGAAGUGGAGUUUCAAUAUCUGGAUGCUGACAAGCUGCAGCAGUACGUGGAACUGUCUGCUGAGCAUAUGCAAGACAUGUUCAACUUCAGCGUGAUGGAGAAGCGCAAGAACGAACUCAUCUGGGAGGCCUGUGUGACACAAGAGGAAUUAAAGUCUUCUGAGAUGAUGUCUUCUCCUCCACACUCAGAACAAGGUGCUUGUUGCUACACUCUGUCCCAUGCUGCAUCCGGACACAGUGUGGAAAGCAGAGCAACGGUGAGGAGCAUCAGAGACUGCCUGCUCUCUACUCUGGAUAACUUGGAUGAGGAUGAUCUCAACAGGUUCAAGUUCAAGCUCCACGAGUUCCCUGUCAGUGAGGGCCAUGACAACAUUCCCCUGGGGCGGCUGAAGAAGGCAGAUGUCAUGGACCUGAGCCAACUCCUCCUGAGUUUCUACAUGGAGGAUUAUGCCGUGCUGGUGACGGCUGAUGUCCUCAAAGCUAUCAACUGCAGGGAUGAGGCACAGAGGCUCCUCAGCCUCACCAGGAAGAGGAACUAGCAGUUCUUUGUUCAAACCUCUGCUUUUUAUCAGUGAACAAUGGUGACCCCUCUCCUGCCUCAUCUGAUCCUGCCAAUCUGCAAAAAUAUCUGGAAGUCAAAUUGUUUUCUCUUAGCCCAGCCAUGGCUGCCAUCCAGAAUCCUCUGCAACACUUCAGUACUACAAACAUUUGCCACUUUUAUAAUGCAUUGGCUUCCCCCAGAGAUUCCUGGAAAUUGUAGUCUAGCAAGCUAACAAUUAUCUCAAAAACCAAACAAACCCAAGUUUCCAAUGAAACUACAGUUCCCAGCUCUCCAGGAAAAUACAUAUUGAUAGAAGAGUUUCAGCUUUGGCUGGCGUCUUGCCCUCCAGAUGUUCCAAACUACAACUCCCAUCAGCCACAGCCAGCGUGUUGCUUCAGUGCCAAAUUUCAUCAAGGGACACUGGAAACAGCUGAUCCAAUGGACUGCAUUGGUGGGAGUGGUGUUUACUAUCAGGAAAUGCAGGUGCAAGCAUUGUACAAUCAGUUUUGGAUCUGGUCCUGAUUAGGUGCAACCCAGACCCAAUAUGAACCAGUCAGGACCCUGGAUCUGAAUCACAACCUAGAUACUUGAAUCUUCAGUAUUCUCAUUCACUCAGAAUGAGGGAACCAAAAGGACCAUAACUUAUUUGUUUUCUCCCAUAGGUGCAUGUAAUUUGGACAUAUGGUAGUCCCUCCAGAGGGAAUUAACUGCCAAAUUUCAGAAAGUCAGCUCAAGGGUUUUUUUUUUGUUCUUUUGUUUUGUUAACCACAUUUAAAAUUUGCUGUUUUUCCAAAGAAAAAUCAGCCCUGCAAAUUCUCACACUCUUUUUGGACCUGAUCCUGUUUGGCUAUGUGCUGGUGCUAAGCUGUAUGGUUUAAAGACCCACUCUAUGUGUUAAGUAUGUGUUUAUACCUAAAGGAGCAUCUCCACCCCCAUCGCUCAGCCCAGACACUGAGGUCCAGCUCCGAGGGCCUUCUGGCAGUUCCUUCCCUAUGAGAAGUGAGGUUGCAGGGAACCAAGCAGAGGGCCUUCUCAGUAGAGGUGCCCGUCCUGUGGAACACCCUUCCAUCAGAUGUCAAGGAAAUAAACAACUAUGGUGGGACCUCCGGUUAAGAACUUAAUUUGUUCCGGAGGUCCGUUCUUAACCUGAAACUGUUCUUAACCUAAGGUACCACUUUAGCUAAUGGGGCCUCCCGUUGCCGCCACGCGAUGUCUGUUCUCAUCCUGAAGCAAAGUUCUUAACCCAAGGGACUAUUUCUGGGUUAAUGGGGGUCUGUAAUCCGAUGCGUCUGUAACCCGAGGUACCAUUGUAUCUGACUUUUAGAAGAUGAUCUGAAGGCAGCCCUGUUUCGGGAGGUUUUUAAUGUUCGAUGUUUUAUUGUGCUUUUAAUUCUGUUGGGAAACCCAGCCAGAUGGGCGGGAUAUAAAUAUAGAAGAAGAAGAAGAAGAAGAAGAAGAAGAAGAAGAAGAAGAAGAAGAAGAAGAAGAAGAAGAAGAAGAAGAAGAAGAAGAAGAAGAAGAAGAAGAAGACGUACUUCCUAAAAACGACUCAGUAAGACAAAAAGAAAGGCUGUGUGUGUGUGUGUGUGUGUGUGUGUGUGUGUGUGAGAGAGAGAGAGAGAGAGAGAGAGAGAGAGAGAGAGAGAGAGAGAGAGAGAGAAUGAGAUAGGCAAGAACUGGCAGUCCUGGUAUAGCAUUCUUCUAGAGGACUUUUGCAGUAGAUUUCCAGGCCUGCCUUCCACACUAAAAUUCUCUUCUAUGUGGUAAGCAAAGCCCCUCAUUCAAGGAAGCACAUGGAUACAGCACAAUGUAUGGUUAUGAGUUUGCUGAGGGGGGGGCAGGCGGUCAGACCCCUAAAUCUCUGGAUUCAGAAAAGGGUUAGCAUUUAAGCAACCCCCCCCCCUUUAAAUCCAUGGAUCUAGCAAGUGUUGGAAAUAACACAAGAAAGCUUCCUCAUGAGGCAGCCUGAUACUGGUCAAGCCAUAAGCAAACAAAGGCAGGGUGAUGAGAAUCAAGAAAGCCACCAACCAGGCAAAGAAUCUCUGCUGGAUGCAGCCCACCCUGAGCCAGAGGGAGUUAGAUGAACAAAGGCCAAUAGGUUUGCCUGAUGUGGACAGGAGGAAAAAUCCUUUGGGUCUGUUAGUGGUGACUAGCAAGAAGUGGGGGCAAAAUUUUUUGUUUUGGAUUCAAAGCUGCUGCACCUAUGGGAGAAGCAAGGGACCCUCUUGGAAUGUAAUGCUUUGAACAGUAGGCUCAGGCUGCAUAUAUGUGUAAAUAAACCAAAUAUAAUAAAAGACACCACAGUGUC